UUAAGAACGCACUAGAGACCUCAGCAGCAAUGGCAAGAACCAAGCAAACCGCUCGUAAGUCUACCGGAGGCAAAGCUCCAAGGAAGCAGCUCGCUACUAAAGCCGCCCGUAAGAGCGCCCCGGCCACCGGUGGAGUGAAGAAGCCUCAUCGUUACAGGCCCGGCACCGUGGCUCUGAGAGAGAUCCGCCGUUAUCAGAAGUCAACCGAGCUGCUGAUCCGCAAACUUCCCUUCCAGCGUCUGGUGAGAGAAAUCGCUCAGGACUUCAAGACGGAUCUGCGCUUCCAGAGCUCUGCUGUCAUGGCCCUGCAGGAGUCCAGUGAGGCUUACUUGGUCGGUCUGUUCGAGGACACCAACCUGUGCGCCAUCCACGCCAAGAGAGUCACCAUCAUGCCCAAAGACAUCCAGCUGGCCCGCCGUAUCCGCGGAGAGCGCGCUUAAGACCGCAUUACAACAUUGAACCCAACGGCUCUUUUAAGAGCCACCCAAAUCCUCUGAAUGACAUAAUUUCCAUUUUUUUCCGUUAAGUUUCCCUGUACUAACCUAAUUAUUAGAAUUGACACACGUGCCAUUAAAACCAUGAUGCGUGAUUACAAUAUUGGUUCUAUCUGCCAUGUACUGUCUUAACCUUG